UGCCGUCAACUUUCCUGUAAAGCUGGGAUUAACAAUAUGUAACCAAAAACAGUACUGAAUAAGCGAAAAGGGAAUCUCAGCCUUUUUUUAAAAAAAAAAUAAUCCAUCACUCAGGCUAUGCACACCCGGGAUUGCGGGGGGUUUGGCUCCAACACGUGUUAUUCAUCUAAGCAAAUGGUAAUGGAGCGGAGCCGUUCCCAUCAAUACCACUUAAAUUUGAUAUAGCUUCAUUUGCUCUCAGAAAUCGUUGGGGAAGAAAGAGAAUAAAUCAAUUUGGUUGGAAUUGAAACAUAAUUAUAUAGGUGCGUAAUACUUAGAAGACAAUAUUUAUCAUUUAUCAUACAUAGAGAAGUGAGAAUAUGUCCUUCCUCUCAAGAGUUCAUUGGGGAGGUUUCGCUUAUAUAUUUUUGAAUAAAAAAACGUAAACAAAAAAUGUUUAUUCCUAAUACAUAUGAUAAAGGUAGGUGCAUUUCUUGAGUAGAGGAAACCUAGGAAGGGAGUCACCAGCAUUCGUACUCUAUCCCUUUCUUUGAACAUUCUUUCUCUCUCUUUCUCAGCUAUCUCUCUAUUACAAAUUCCUAAUUGCUCAAAGUUCUGAUCCCUUUCUUUUAACAACAUCCAACCCCUUUCAUCUCCAAAACAUAAAUAAACCCUCCCACAAUCAGUUCCAUGCAGAAUUAAUGCAUGAGCGCCAAUAUCUUCUCUACUACUAUCAUGGAACAUUUUAACUUUCGCAACAUCUUCUUCUUAUGGAUUUUGUUCGUAACACUCGAAAAAUGCUUAAUCGCGGAGGGUCUUGGAGUGAACUGGGGAUUGCAAGCGACUCAUCCGCUUCCACCAGACAUCGUAGUGAAGCUGUUAAAAGAGAACGGAUUCAACAAAGUGAAGCUGUUCGAAGCUGAUCCAGGAGCGCUAAAGGCACUGGGCAGAUCAGGUGUUCAGGUUAUGGUUGGGAUACCUAAUGAUAUGUUGGCAACAUUGUCAGGCAGUGUUCGUGCUGCCGAACAAUGGGUGCAAAAGAAUGUUUCCUCCUUUAUUUCCAAAAAUGGCGUCGAUAUCAGGUAUGUUGCGGUGGGAAAUGAGCCUUUUCUGAAAGCCUACAAAGACAUGUUCCUUAACACAACACUUCCGGCCAUCGAAAAUGUGCAAGCAGCUCUUAUCAAAGCAGGCCUAGCUCGACAAGUCAAGGUUACUGUUCCAAUUAAUGCUGAUGUGUACCAAACAGACUCUGGAGUUCCCUCAGGUGGCGAUUUCAGAACAGAUAUUCAUGAUCUCAUGAUGAAGAUCGUCAAGUUCCUAAGUGACAAUGGAGGUCCUCUCACCAUUAACAUCUACCCGUUCCUUAGCCUCGACGCGGAUCCCGGUUUCCCAGUUGACUUCGCAUUCUUCUCAGGAACUUCAGCCCCUGUUGUCGAUGGUUCGAUCUCGUACACCAAUGUCUUCGACGCUAAUUAUGACACCCUCGUUUGGGCUCUCGAGAAAAAUGGAUUCGGGUCAUUGCCCAUAAUUGUAGGAGAAAUCGGCUGGCCCACUGACGGCGAUUCCAAUGCCAACAUUGAGUAUGCUAGGAAAUUCAAUCAAGGUCUACUAGACCGAAUUACUCGUGGCAUAGGUACCCCGAAACGUCCCACACCACCGGACAUUUACCUUUUCGGGCUCAUUGAUGAAGACGCCAAGAGCAUCUUACCGGGGAAUUUCGAACGACAUUGGGGCAUCUUUUACUAUGAUGGAGCCAUUAAGUACAAACUUAAUCUAGGUAACAAACGAAGCGUGACAGCAGCAAAAGGUGUUCGAUAUUUGGCUAGGAAAUGGUGUGUGAUGGCGCCUGAUGCUAAUGUUAAGGACCCCAAUUUGGCAGACAGUAUAAACUAUGCUUGUAGCUAUGCAGAUUGCACUAGCCUUGGAUAUGGUUCAUCCUGUGGUGGACUUGAUGCUAAGAGCAAUGCUUCAUAUGCCUUUAAUAUGUACUAUCAAACUAUGAAUCAACAGAAAGGGUCAUGUGAAAGGUUUCACAAUUUGUCAGUCAUAACAACAAUUGAUCCAACUCCUCCACCUUCUAAGUCAGGCAACAGUUCUCACUGUCGAUUUGAGGUCAUGAUUGAUGUGGGAAAGCACGAGUCGAGGGUAAAUCCAGGAACAUCUUCAGCUACAAAGAUCAAACAUUUUUCUCUUGCUUUAUUGGUGCUAGUAUUCAUAUUGGACUAUACCAUGUCUCUGUCUUAGCUUGUGGGGUACUCAUUUGAGAGUUCAUGUACAUAAUACCUAUUGUUCCCUUCUACGCAAUAAUAUACUGAGUUUACGUGA